AUGAGUGUGUCAGCUUCCGCAAUACAGGAGUUCGAUGCGGUCCGCAAGGAAAUGCAUGAGUUUAUCCAGCGCUUCCAAGCAUUCUCACUUCAACACAGACUGAAUAUCCUGACGACCAAGCUGCAACAUGUGAACAAAGUGAAGGAACUCGAAAAGCGUGUUAAGUCGCUUCAGGUUGAAAUAACUGCAACAAAUGAGAAGGUCGAGAAGACGGAAACUCUAAUAACGCAAUCAAUUCGCGGCCUUCAAACGAAGCAAGAGAAGGUCGACGCACUCACAAACCAACUGGAAAGCAGGAAAGCCGCCAAAGUCCAGCUACAGAAAGACGUGGACAGUAUGAGAAAGGAAGUUGGAGAGCUAGAGGAAGCUUUUAACAAUACACAUGCUGCGCUAGGAAAGCAAGCACUGAAAGAUUCCGAGGAACUCACGAAGUUCGAGCAGUACCUUGGUCUACGGAUCGAGGCUGUAGAUAUCGACUUGCUCAAGUUUAAGUUUGUUAAUGUUGACCCCGUUGACGUUGAUCGUGAGGUUUGGUGUGAACUUUCUGUUGCUGAACAGGAUUAUAAAAUUGGUCUUACCAAUCCAAGUUUGCCGAAAGAUGUCGUUCUUAGAAUACAGAAGGAACUCAAUCUGCACGGAGAGCUUGUUGCUUUUCUUCAGGCCAUGCGCCAGGCAUUGAGAGUUCAACUUUCCUGA